AUGGAGGAUGAGAUUAGUAUAUAUGACCACUCUGAAUACGUUACAGCGUAUGACGAGCAUCAUAAUACACUGCAAGGCUGCUACUACUCCCAAGCGGAGCAAUAUAAGGAUUGCGAAGCUCCAACGAAUACAUACGAGCAUAACCACCAGUUCCAAGAAAGUUACGCAUCUAAGAACACGCAAUUUAACUCCUUCCUACAGAACUACUCCAAUAAUCACAGAAAAAUAGAUACAAUGUUCCGUUUUUAUAGAAUCUCGAACAACCUUAACAUUAAUAACCCAGAUAGGAUAUACAACAUGUUCUUAAAGAGACUUAAAAAUAGAAAAAGGUUGGAAUCAUCGCCAAUUAGUCUUGAAUUGGUAGUUGCGGCACUUUUCUACAUUGAUCAGCGCAACAACAGUUCGACCAACUAUACUCUCCGUGAUAUACUAUCUAGGAUACCGAACUGCCGAGUUACCCUAAAGGAGUUUAGCGGAAUAAUAUCUAGGAUAUCUAGGGAGGCUGGAGUAACUAAACUGGCAACUGUCCUAGAUGACAGCGUAAUAAGCAAUAUGCUGGAAAAGUUAAGAACAUAUUGCGCGCAGAACAUCGAUGGAACUGGAGAAAGUAUUACUCCAACCUGUACAACAACAGUGUUGAUGAAUAUGAACGAGUUUGGAGACCUAGAUACCAUGAUCAAUAGCUCGACAGUCAACUUGGACUUGACAGAGGAUAGUGACACCAAAGAUAUCGCAAAGGAACACGGAGUUGCUAAUAAAGAUCGAGUUAAAUAUAGACUGAUACAUAGACUUAUUUGCUCAAACUACGAAAGGAUUGAGAAAGUGUCAAUAACACUAAUGAAUUGGACGAAUGACACGCUGGACUGUUCAGAAGAUGUAUUAGAUCCGAAAAUAAGAAUAGUGUUCAGAUGUAAAAAAACACUAACUUCAUGUAUCAUUUUCAUCGUACUAUCUGCUAUGAGAAUACCAGUGACCUGUACACUGAUGUGCAACGCAAUGGAAGUGGCAAAACCAUCAUUUUAUCGCAACUAUCGCAUUUUGAUGUUUAAACUAAGUUCAAUACUGGGCACCACCGAAAAGUUAAAAAACUUGAAGAAUGAUACAUUUUGUAGGAGGAUAUUACUCCUGAGUGAGUCAAAGGGAGGAGUUUCAAAUUCAGAGGAUAGUACAUACAGUAUAAAAAAGGACAGCAUUGAUAAUGAUGACUGCACAAAAAAGACAGAGAAAGAUUCAUUUAAUGAAACCGAUCAUAUAACCACAAAUAAGAUGACAUAUCUCAAAUCUCUAAGAUGUUUGGAUGUUUUAAACAGUAAGCACGUGUCUACAAAUGCGAAGGAUAAUGCCACGGGUCUUAAUGAGAAUCCAGUUUACUAUGAUAAGACAGGAAAUAAAUAUAUAUGCUGUUACACAGCCGAUGGAAAGAAAAAAAAGAAAACAUUUUCAGUUAAUCUAUACGGAAGUGAGAUGGCAUUCAGUUUAGCGAACGAAUUUUCAUCAUCGAUUUCAAAUAGGUGUAUCUGA